AUGGUGAUACGGACCAAUGGUGAGUUGGUUUCCGACGAUGAUGAGGUCGAUGACCCUCAACCAGCGAAAGUUGUGGACGAUGAUUAUGCUAGUGAUGGGAUGGAUCAGUUUCCUGCCAAAGGAGAGCUUUUGGUAGCAAGGAGAGCUCUCAACAUUAAUGCAAAGGAGGAAACAUAUGAGCAGCGCGAGAAUAUAUUCCACACUCGUGCCUAUGUCCAAGGCAAGGUAUGUAUUCUCAUCAUAGACGGUGGAAGCUGCACUAAUGUGGCUAGCACAUCACUUGUAGAGAAGCUGAACUUGUCCACUACGAAACACCCAAGACCUUAUAAGCUACAAUGGCUUAAUGAUAGUGGAGAGACACGGGUAUUCAAGCAAGUUCGAGUGCCUUUUCGCAUUGGUAAGUAUGAAGAUGAGGUACUUUGCGAUGUAGUACCGAUGCAGGCAGGUCAUAUGCUUCUUGGUAGGCCAUGGCAAUUUGACAUGCGAGCUACCCAUGAUGGUUAUACCAACCGCUACACAUUUGAGUACCAUGGGAAACCGAUGCGACUAGUACCUCUUACUCAUAAAGAGUUAUGCGAAGAUCAAUUGCGAAUGCUCAAGAACGAGAAGAAGCAUGGGAUGAGUGAAUCCAAGAGUGAUACACCAAAAGAUCGAGAGUUCUUGAGUGAAACCCAGAAAAAGGCCUAUGAGAGCAAACCCGAGAGCUCAAAUACACUACUUCUUUCGAGAGGGAGAGAUAUCAAGAAAGCAUUGCUUUCUAGCCGACCGAUGAUUGUACUUAUGUACAAGGAGGUCUUGUUUACUGACGAGUUACAAUCUACUCUUCCUCGUGAUGUCUUUGAUGUUUUGCAGGAUUUUCAUGACGUGUUUCCAGAUGAGACACCCCAUCGUUUACCUCCACUUAGAGGUAUCGAACAUCAGAUAGACUUCAUUCCAGGAGCGAGCAUACCGAACAAACCGACUUACCGAACGAACCCCGAGGAGACGAAGGACCUACAACGACAGGUCACAGGGCUCAUGGAGAAGGGGUAUGUGUGGGAAAGCAUGUCAUCUUGCGCGGUACCUGUCAUUCUUGUGCCUAAGAAGGACGACUCUUGGAAGAUGUGUGUUGAUUGUCGCGCAAUCAACAAUAUCACGGUGAAGUAUCGCUAUCCCAUUCCUAGGCUAGAUGACAUGUUAGAUGAGUUGCAUGGUUCUAGAGUGUUCUCUAAGAUAGGUCUUAACAGCGGAUACCAUCAGAUUAGGAUGCGUAAGGGAGAUGAAUGGAAGACUGCAUUUAAGACUAAGUUAGGAUUAUAUGAGUGGUUAGUCAUGCUAUUUGGACUCACUAAUGCACCUAGUACUUUUAUGCGAUUGAUGAACCAUGUGCUUAGAAAGUUCAUUGGGAGAUUUGUUGUUUAUUUUGACGACAUCUUGGUAUACAGCAAAUCGACUAUCGACCAUGUAGAUCAUCUUAAGGUUGUCUUAGAUGUUCUCAGAGAGGAGAAACUCUUUGCGAAUCUUAAGAAAUGCAUGUUUUGUACUAACAAGCUUGUGUUCCUAGGAUUCGUCAUGAGUGAACGGGCAUACAGUGUUGAAGUAGGAAAAUGA